GUUUUCAUUUUUCCAUUUACUCUAAAACAAGGCCUUUUUGUCCGAGGCCUCAUCAGACUCACAUGGUUCGGAAGAGAGAGGACACAGAGGUGGGACAGAGUGAGGCGGAGAGGAUAAAGCGUGCAAAGGAGAGAUUCAGACACUCAGGAAAAUGACCUCUUAGGUCAUUUUUGGAUUAGAGCUUUUGGAUGACUUCUGUUUAUUCUUUCAGCUUCUGAGUGAAGAACAGAGGAACACAGUGUUUUAAUUAAAAUAAAACAGAGGAACAAGAUUCUAGAAACUGGAAAACUAGGACAAGUUUGUAGAAGCGGAAAAAUCACUGGAACACGACUCUAGACUCGGAAAGACUGGGACAUGUUUCUAGAAGUGGAAAAAUAAUUGAAACUCAUUUUUGUAGAGUAAGAAACACAGCAGAACCAGGUGGAAAGACACUGGAGCCAGAUUCUAGAAGCCGGAAAACUGGAACAGGAGAGUGGGAAGAGAGUGGAACAAGAUCCCAGAAGCAGUGCGACUGGAAAAACAUUCUAGAAACCAAAACACUGGAACUAGUUUCUAGAGCCAGAGAGACAGUGGAAUGAGAUUCUGGAAGUGGAUUCUGGAAAACAUUGAAAGAAGAUUCUUGAAGUGGAAAGAUUUGAACAAAAUUCUUGACUGGAACAAGUUUGUAGAGGCAGAAGGACAGUGGAAGAAGUUUCUUGAAUCUGAAAAACAUUGCAAAAAAACAGCAGAAUAGGAUUCUAUAAAUUAAAAGUGGAUUCUAAAACCUGAAAAAAGUGGAAAGACAGCAGAAGUUGUUUCUAGGAGCAGAAAGACAGUGUAACAAAUUUUAAGAAGUAAAUCUCGAUCUGCAAAAUUUACAACUCUGGAUCUUAAACGAUAAGUUGGAAUAUAGAACCCUAAAGGAACAUGGAGAACGGAAAAACAGAAGAUGCAGAUGCAAAUGCACACAUGGAUGAUCCAGAUCUGCACAUGGUUCAGUUGCAGGCCCUGUGGGCGGAGCUUAAGGCAGGACUCAGGGGCGUGGUUCAGGAGCUCUCCACCUUACAGCAGAGCAACAGCCGUUUGGAGGAGAAAGUGUCCGAGUGCCAGAGAGACACGGCUGAGAAAAUUCUGUCUCUGAGAAAUACGCUGAACACACUCCAGGAGGACACAGGUAAUGCUCUUUCUCAGAUCUCUGAACUUAACAUCAGACAAAAAGAGCUACAGACUGAUCUGGACCUACUGCAGAGGACACAACACAGAAAAUUCUCAGGUGGGGAGGAGCUCGUGGAUGUCCACACCUCUCCCUGCAGCCAAACACAGCUGAGGCUCAUUCAGCAUUACAUCAGCAGCCUGCCGACCAAUCAGAGUUCGGAGCAGGAUGCCAGUGACUUCAGGACUCACCAUAAAGCUCCAUUCAGGCAGGAAAGGAGAGAGAGCCGAGACCUGACAGAACAGAACAGCCAGGACAUGAGUCAAAGGCAGGUAGCUGCUCUGGAGCUGUUGGAGUCAGAGAGAGUGUAUGUGUCAUAUCUGUCUCUGCUGCUGAAGGCCAACAUCACGUACAACGGCUGUGAAAACUCUAACCUCAAAGACAAACGGCUGUUCCCAUCCUCUUUACGGUUUUUGAUCCAGCAGCACCUGGAGCUGUUGCAUCUUCUGCAGGAACGAGUGCUCAAGAGUCACUGGCAAGGCAUCAUGGGAGAUGUGUUUCUGAGGCUUUCCAGUAAAGAGAGUGAUUUUCUGGACAAUUACGUGUCCUAUCUAAAGGAGCUCCCCGAGUGCCUUUCAGCUGCCAGCUUUUUCUCAAAGCCUGUUGGCCUGCUAGAGGGUGACAUCACAGGAGAUGAGGCACGUCCAUCUCUACACACUCUGCUGCUCCAGCCAGUCCAGCGUAUCCCAGAAUACCUCAGGCUCUUACAGAGCCUGUUGCGUCAGACGGAAUCUGAGCAUCCAGAUUAUUAUCUGCUGCUUGUGUGUGUGCAGCAUCUACGAUCCUUCACCACCCAGUACAGUAACCUCCUCCAGCACAACCAGGAGCUCCUCACACACUCACACACACACGGCCCGAGAGAACACACACACAACCUGUGCACACACCAGCCGGACCGGGUGACACACACACGCAAGGAAUUCAGCAGAUCUUCAGUAAAGCAGCUGUAUAAAGUGGAUUAUGAGAGUUCAUCAAAUUACAGUAGCACAAGUGCACUGAUUGAUCCAGCCCAUGGUCAUGGCAGAAAGAAAGCAGCUGGCCGUCGUUACCCUGAUUGGGAGGCGGAGCCUAAUCGUUUUCACCCCGAUAUUUCCUUUGCAUCCGACUCAGAAUCUCGUCACAAAGCCACGCCCACUCAACUCCACAGGAUUCCAGAGACAGAGAGGGUGGGGUCAGCCCUGGCCGACGCAAUGGGGGCAUUCCUGCCAUACAGAGGCGGGGACUCUCGCUGUUCAAGUCGUUCCCAUUCUACUGACUCGAGUAUCGACAUUGCUUUCGUGAGCUGUAGCCCCUCCCUCAGUCCAGACCGUCAAUCACACAGCAGAGGGCGGAGCAGCGGAGGUGGGGUUUACAGACCCAGCCGUGGCUGUGCGUCGCCCGAUUCAGCCAGCGCGAUGAAGCCUUUGCAGCCGGUACAACGGAAGAGCAAGUCGCUGAAUGGCUUGCAGCUGGACAGCAUCGACAGCCGUCCCCACCUGGUCAGAAGUCCGGUCCACCCGAGGCUGGUCCGCCAAUCAAGCGCCAAAUCGAGGCUGAGGAAUAGCAGUCCAGAGCGGCAUCACGAACCCAACACACACACCACCGCUGAGGAGCUCACACAACAACUACACAAGGAUUCUGGACCUCCAAUAUGGGAGGAGUUAAAAUGGAAGGGCGUGUCCGAUGAAGGUGACCACACCCCUCUGAGCGAGCGUAGCAGGAAGGAGGGCAAAGGUUUCCGGAGCUCCUUCAAAAAACUCUUUAAAAAGAAGUCUGGUGGAGACAGCAAGGUGGAGAAAGUUGUGGAGAAGGCUGAAGGACAGAGCAGCAGUGAGCUGGAAUCUGGGAGAUUAAACAGAGCACAACAAUCUGAAGAUAUCGACAGAGGAACUGCGGUCUAAACACACACACACACACACACACACACACACACACACACACACACACACACACACUACAAUUCUACUAGAAGAAUCUAUUUUUGUGGCUUGCUCUCUCUCUCUCUCUCUCUCUCUCUCUCUCACACACGCACACACACACCCCUUGUGUUGCUUCUUUAAUGCUUUCAUGUUAUUAUCCUUCACUAUCCUCUCUCAGAAUGCUGUUAACCCCCAUUCAGUAACAUUAUAUAGAAAUAACCUCACUGCUGUUCUGUACAUUUUACAAUACACAAUAAUAUACAUCCACAAUUUCAUAAUGGAUUUCAUUUCAUCUAACUAUUGAGCAAAAAAAAAAAAACAUUACUACAAUGACAUUAAACAAACUAAACCAUCUGCCAAACCAAUCCAAGUACAUUAAUGUGUGUUUAUGAAAAUAAUAACACGAAAUAACAGACACAAUGACCACCAUUCAUUUUUGUUUUGUUUUCACCUUUAAUGUGUUACCUCAAUCUCAUAGAUCAGUUUCACUUUCGAAACAAAAUAUAGACGAUUAUACAGUCUGUAAAACCAAAUAUUAUCGUACACUAUUUACAGGUCAUGUGCAUCGUAGUGUGAAGUGAACGUGUUAAUGCAGCUGAAGAACACGGACUCGGUUUGUUAUUAACACAUGCUGAAACCUGUGUGGUGAUGUUUCAGGAUGAAAGCUGCACUCUGGAAGAUUGAAAGGUUACUGCACUUUAAACACAUUCAACUCUCUCUCUCUUUCUCUCUCACUCACAUACAUACACUCUCUGAGUCUCUCUCUCUCGCUAUGUUCAGUGAUGUGUGUAUUAUACUACACCCUGCAUGUUUUGACUGGUAAGCAAUGCGUUAUGUCUUAUGGAAAUACACAACAAGUCUUGAUCUGUCCACAUUACCGGCUUUGUCUAAAGCCGAGCGGCGGUUAAUUAAACAUAGUUGAUCAGCCAAGACACGUUUGCUCUGCAGUUUUGUGUAGCUACGAGGCUAAUGUAAAUAACUAAUGGAAGCUGUCUUGUCUCAAAUGGAAAGUAUCUCGUCGUUCUCACCUGGAAUGUUUUGAGUGGCCAUGUUGGACUACCAGAUUUUUUUUUAAGCAAAAUUUGGUGUCAUUCCACCAUCUUAGACAAAUUCAACUAAUAUUUCUCUUUAUUAGGUUGUUUUCUAAACACAUUAUUAAGCCUAUUUCUAAAUAUCUUUACUCAUUUUCAGGCUUAAAAUUGUCUUGUUC